CGCCAGCAGCAGCAUCAUGUUGAACGCCCGCACAUGGGCCGGCGCCCUGCUCGCCCUACUUGUGCUGAGCGUCACCUCGGCUGGCAAGGGCGCUCCCCAGUUCGUGCCCAACGGCCGGUACGGCCGCCGGAGCGUCACGCCGCCUCUCGCUGGUGUAUCGAGAGAUCUGACGGUGAACUUCUUCGGAGAUUCAAGCAUAUCCUGCGCUUACACAGGAUUCGCGGACAUCUACAGGUGUUCGAGGAAAACAUCCGAGGAUUACAAGGACACGUCGUUCGAAUGAAAAUGACCAGCUGCCGACUCCACCUAGCAGCGGUGACAUCUGACUGACUCCACAACUAUGUUCGCUAUGACCAGAAAGUGGAAAAAAAAAAGAUGACGGAUAGAAAUUGCAGCACAUCCUACGAAAAAUGUGUUGUUUUUUUUUUGUGACAAAUAGCGCCGAAUUUCUUCUAGCUGGGACAAUGCAUAUACGGUAAAACCACCAGGUGCUAAACGACGAAGCAGGGCUAUGAAAUAAAUUCGUUUGUUCCCUGCUCUACUUGCUGGUGAGACGAGGCGAUACCGAACGCCAGUUGAAUGAGAAUUAUUCCGAGCGUAUACGAACGACCUCAUAGUUCUACGAAACAAACGAAAAAAAAAAUUGCGCAUGUCGAAGUGUACACCGCGUCCGCUACUUACGACACCAUCCCGCGCCUUCUUUAUUGAUGCCUACGUCAUCUCCCUCCCCUCCUCCUAGUCCAGUGCUGAGCGAUCAUACAGUCACGUUUGACGCGAGGCUUCUAGAUGGAUUCGUGAUCGCCUAUACGUGCUCGAGCCGUGGCCUUUCGUAUGGCGCAGAAUCAAUCUUCCAUUUAUCCUGAAAACCUUUAUAGGUGAGCAAAAAUUU